AUGGAGCUGAAGGACCUUUUGGACCAGCGGGGUGAUCCUGGUCACCACCCUAGGGGUCCCUACACUUCACAGAGGACAUGUGGCACUGCUGUGACACACGACGAAUCCAAAAGUGGCACACUCAAGAUGGCUGAGGCCAAAUGUCUCCUGAUAUACCAGGGAGAAAGGUCCCAAGCUGAAGCCAAGCUGGAUACCCUCUUUGAGGCCUUCUGGUGGAAGUUGAUGAAGAAGCUGAUCCUACCUGCUCCUGUGGUUGGUGUUGCAACUUCUG